AUGGAAGAGCAAAAGGCAGCCAUGGCCCACGACGACAUCACGCCGAUACCGGCUCGGCACACCCCUCGCGACCAAACAGAUGGAGAUCAUCUCAGAUCAGAAGCGCUCUCCACCGAUCUCGACCAUAUCGCUCCCGGCUACUUCAAGAGUGCCAGAGUGAUCGGGACCUAUGUCGGCAUCGCGUUCACCCUGACGGCUACCUAUUUCUAUUUUGAGGCGUCGGCUGCUGUCUUGACAUUCAUCAAUGCAGACAUCGGCCCCAGCGAGAACUCUGCCCUCUUCUCCAUUGUCUGGACUGUGGCUCAGCCGAUCACUUGUGGAACGGUGAUCUGGUACUUCACUUACUUUCCGCCAUCAUACGUUCAACUACACGGCAAAGAAGUCAGCAAAAUGGACGAACUCAAGAAGACAGAUUUCCUGGGCAUCUUUCUCCUCGUGUCUGGUCUCACCCUCUUCCUCUUGGGCGUCUCCAGGGGUGGUACGAGUACAGCCACUGCAUGGAACUCUGCCCGAAUCUUGGGACUCCUGAUCUCGGGCUUCAUCGCAUGUGUGGCGUUUGUGCUGUACGAGUGCUUCGGCAAUGUCAAGCAGCCGGUCAUCCCAAUGCGCUUCUUUAAAGAUGUUCGCGGCUUCGCGUGCAUCAAUGUCAUCUCGGCCAUUACCGGCUGCAUCAAUGUGGCCCUUUUCAUCAUCUGGCCAUCUCAGGUCAUCCACAUCUUCGGCACGUCCAACAAGGAUUGGGAGCAGACGGCUUGGAUGUCUUGUACCAUCAAUUUUGGCUUGUGGACUGGCAUCAUCAUUGUCGGACCCCUCUUCGGCAUCAUCAAACACGUGAAAUAUCAACUGAUUUGGGGAAGCGUGUGGAUGACCGUGUUUCUGGGUAUCAUGUCAACGUUCAACAGUGGACACAGGUCCGAAGCUAUUGCGAUUUCCUUCCUAGCCUGCCUACCGAUCGGUUGGGGCGAGAUUAUCACCAUGCUGCUGGCUCAAUGCUUGGUCGAUGACCAGGAUCUGGGAGUGGGAUUUGCCGUGACCUCGGCCAACAGAACCAUCGUUGGAUCCAUUUUCACGGCCAUCUUCCUUGCUAUUCUGAAUAACAAGCUUCCCGGAGAAUUGCAGAAGCAUCUCGUGCCGCAGGUAUUGCAGGCUGGUCUACCUGCCAAAUCCAUUCCGACUCUCCUCACCGCUGUCAGCACCGGCACACAGUCAGCGCUCGAAGCUGUUCCGGGCAUGACCAGCAAAAUCUUAGCCGUGGCUAAUGCCGGUGCCUCCACCAGCUUUGCUGCAGCAUACGCCUACGUGUAUUACACGGCCGUGGCGUUGGGCAUCGUGUCCUGCUUGGCGGCUUUGUCCACCCGCGACUUUGAUCAAUAUCUGACUAACCACGUCUCGCGCCAGAUUUACCACAAGAAAGAGACGAAGGAGGACAUUCUGGACCUGAUUACGAAAACCCAGGUUCAACCGCAGGCUGAAGGGAUUGAGAUGGCCUAA